GGGGGAGAGGGGGUGGGAUGCCAACCAGGUGGGGCACAGGGAGGGCCCCUGUGCUGGGCCUGCUCCGCCUCCAGACCUGCCUGCCCUCUUAUCAGGGGCUGGGCAGGGCUUCCCCUGGCUCUGACCAGGACUGCGCACUCCAGCACCCUGGCUGCUGGCUCCUCGGUGCCAUGGGGACCCUGGAGACCCUUCUUCUGCUCAGCGCCCUGCUCCUGUCGCCAGCUGAGGCCCAGCAGGCCUCAGAGUAUCGCCUGAAGCCCUGGCUGGUGGGCCUGGCUGCGGUUGUGGGGUUCCUGUUCAUCGUCUUUGUCCUCAUGCUGACCAACCGUCUCUGGUGCUCCAAAGAGAGAGCUGAGGAUGAAGAGGGGUCCAUACUGAGAAUGAAUACCAACCCGUAUGAGAAUGUGGACUUGAGUAAAGAAGGCAAGAAGGAGAAGAAAGAGAAAGAGAAAAAGACUAAUAACAACAAAAAGGCUGAGGACAAAGAGUCCAAGAAGAAAGGAGAGAGCAACUUGGGGCUGGAGCUGGAGGAGAAAGAGGAGCCCCAGGACGAGGAGAAAGUCAAGAACACGGCCAUGUGAAGAUUCCACAGCCACCACCUCCAGGCAGCCCCCCAGAGAUGCCACUUCCACGCCCUAGAAGCUAUGACCUGGACGUGAAGCCAGCACAGUGACUUCAUCUGGGGUUGAGAGUACAGUGCCCUGAAUGAAGACACUUGGGACCCACCCUCCCCCCUCAAGGAAGGCUCUUUGUGCAUUAUGUGGUCUAUAUGUGUUAUGAUUGGUUCUGCCUGGUGAUUCUUCUUGCACUUGAAGAGCAUUCCUGGUUACCAAGAAACCCCCAAGCCGCUGCAGUCUCGUGGCUCCACUUGCUUCUACCCACCAUCUGCUUUCUUUCCUCUCUGCCUGAUAUCUGUCAGCCAGAACUUCCUCCCUCCCACUCAGCCUCAGGACCAGUAUUGGCCAGAGGCUGCCUCUUGGGGAGCCUUUCAGAGGGCUCCCAUCAUCCCUCGGGACUUAGUUUCUGCUGUGGGAGACAGGGUGGGGGCAAUGCCCCGGCAGGUGUGGGAGACCAAACUCCACAGAGCCCAGAUGCCCAGGGCAGAUUAAACGCUCCCCCUGUGAUCUUGA